AUGGCUAACGUUUAUGACACCAUUAAAAGUCCAGAAGAAGGCACCAGAGGAAGUGUUCACAUCUAUGAUGAUAUUGAUACUCCAGAUCGAGGCAACAGGGAUGAUGCAGAAGAGGGACCAAGUGAUGUGACUUACUCUCAGAUUGUGAUGAAAAACAUGAAAAUAAAGAACAAAGACAAGACCAAAAGACCACAGGAGGACACGGUUUACUCACUGCUGAAGUCAAACACAAGCACAGAUGACGCUGAAGAGGGAUCAAGUGACGUGACUUACUCUCAGAUUAUGAUGAAAAACAUGAAAAUAAAGAACAAAGACAAGACCAACAGACCACAGGAGGACAUGGUUUACUCACAGCUGAAGUCAAACUCAACCACAGAGAGUCCAAAGGCUGUUGUGAUCAUGCAGCCUGAUAAACAAACAUUCAGUGGAGAGACUGUCACUCUAAGAUGUCAAAUAAAGGGAGAGAGAGACACUGACUGGGAAUACAGCUGGUAUAAGAAGAGUUCUUCACUCAGUCCUGUCAGUAAAGAUCAGGAAUACACAAUCAGUCCUGUUUCUGAGUCUCACAGUGGUGAAUACACCUGUAGAGGAAAAGACAGAAGAGACUCACAGAACUCAGAGAUGAGUGAUGCUGUAACACUGACUGUCUCAUCAGGUGAGUCUCUGUCUCCUCCAGCCUCUCUGAUCAUCACUCCAAGCAAAACUCAACACUUUAUCCUUGAAAUUCUCUCACUGAGCUGUGAGGUACAGAGUAACUCUACUGGAUGGACAGUGAGACGACACACAGAUAAUGGAAAUGUGUCAGACUGUUCAUCAGACUGGGGAUCAGUAACAGGAUCUACAUGUAGCAUCAGCUCCCUCCAGUCAUCAGACAGUGGAGUGUACUGGUGUCAGUCUGACUCUGGAGGGGACAGUAAUCCUCUCAACAUAACAGUGACCAAUGGUGGUGUGAUUCUAGAGAGUCCUGUCCAUCCUGUUACUGAGGGAGAUACUUUGACUCUGCACUGUAGAUAUCGAUAUGACACCUCAGACCACAGAGCUGAUUUCUUUAAAGAUGGAUUAGUCCUCCAGAAUCAGACUCCAGGAGAGAUGACCAUCCCUACUGUCUCAAAGUCAGAUGAGGGUCUGUAUUGGUGUAAACACGCAGAGAGAGGAGAGUCACCAAAGAGCUGGAUCACUGUCACAGUCACUGUCAGAGGUAAAGGUUUACUUCCCUUCUCGCUCCCAAGGCUGCUCUGUUCUCUACUGGUACUUUCUCCAUAUCUGCUGGUGACCAUUGUGAUCGGGGUCAAAUGCUGGAGGGCUGGAGCUCAGUCUGAUGAAGACAAGAGACAGUAUGCAGUCAUAGAAACUUCAUAA